UAUAGCCAAUUUAUUAAACUCAAUAUUUUUUUAGGUUUCCGCUUCCGGUAAAGGUGUCUUGAUUACUGGCUGUGAAGCUCCCAUUGCUUGGUAUUUGGCUAAAAAAUUAGAUGAUUUGGGCUUUACUGUUUACGCCGGUUUCAACACCCCCAUCGAAGAUUCUGAUGAAGCUAAAAUUUUAAAAGAAGAAACUUCCGGUCGCAUGAAAUGCAUUUACCUCGAUGUUACCUCAGAAAAAAACUCUUUUGGAAGCCGCCUUGUUUGUCUCCGAACAUUUGCCACACAAUUCUCAUGGUGUCCCCGCUAAAGGUUUGUGGGCUUUGAUUCAUUGUGCCCACUGGGUGGCUUUGGGUGAAUUGGAAUGGAUUCCAUUUGCUGUAUUGCGCAAGUCUUUGGAUUUGAAUUUGCUAGGUGCCGCUCGUUUGACUCAAUUGAUGUUGCCAUUGUUGCGUGGUGGUCACGGUCGUGUUGUUUUCAUGACUUCUGGUCUCAACAAAAUCCCUGCACCUGUACGUGGUAUUCAAUGUGCCACCCAAGCUGCUAUUGAAUCAUUUGCUGGUUGUUUGCGCCAAGAAAUGCGUCCACGUGGUGUUGAUGUCUCUGUUGUGUCUUCUAGUGAAUUUGCUCCUGGUAAUGGUUGGCUUAAUGAAACCGAUCUACGUGAACAGGCUAAAGAAAUGUGGUCGCAAUUAACCUACGAACAAAAGAAAACUUAUGGUGAGGAUUAUUAUGAAGCUGCCAUGACAGCUGUCGAAAAAUAUUCCAGAGAAGCUGCCGAUAUUCAACCCACUUUGCGUGUCUUAAUUGAUGCUGUCACCCGCACCUUCCCCAUGGCCCGUUACACACCAGUUACCCCCAAGGAAAAGAUACAAAUCUUUAUGGCAGAUCAUUUGGCUCCAUCUUUGUACGAAAUGUUAUUUGGUGUGCCCAGGAAAUAGAUUGGGACGAGGCUGCCGUCUAACGCUUUGAAUUUGAAAAGUCAACCAAGAGAACAAUGUAAAUGUAGAAAUUAGAAAGCAACAUUUUGUUUGGAAAAUUUUUAUGUUUUGUAUACGAGAGUAAAAAAAAAAAUAAUAGCAUUUUUAAUUAGCAUUUAUGCCAGU